UCAAGAGAGACCGGAUGAUGGAUCAUGGAGCAGGGAGCAACACAGAGAACCAAGUGGACAGGGAAACACCACAUACGGCAAUAAUGCCAUUCAGAAGCUUCCCAUUGGGAAUCAUCAGCACUUGGAAGAAGAGGAGAAUCAAGUCCCAAUAAUCCUCCUGGAGGAGCAGCUGGCAGAAGAUCAAGAGAAGCUUGGUGAACUGUGCCAGUCUCAGUCUGGGCGCCGUGGUGAGGAGGAGACCAGUGUCCUAGAGUUUGUAAUAAAGACUGAGAAGGAGGAAGAACAUUCCGGAUUCGGUCAGGCUGGAUGUCAGAGGAGCACAGUAAAGCAGCAGAACCCCCUGAGCUCUGAGUUUGUAAUGGAUGAAAGAGACAGUCAACUGUGGUCGUCUAUAGUUCAAGGGAACGAUGACAUAGUCAUAGAGACGGACUUUCCUGAUUUCUCUUAUGUAGCCGAGCAGUAUUCAGAGAGUUUUCCAGAUCACUCCGAGGCUCAGCCACAGCCACAGCCCCAGCCCCUCUCUAGCCCAGUGGAAGGCCCUAGUCAAUCAGCCAUCUCACCUUCACAGAGACCGUGCAAUGGAUCAAUGUACAACAAAGUCUUUCAGAAAGAGAAAGUAAGUGCAUCUCAGUCCGUGUCUAGUUCUUUUCAGUGCCGACCGCAGAUCAACCAUUCCCAGCAGCAGACCAGGCAGAGAGAUCAGGUGUUCUCCCAGAGGAAUAAUCACAUCCCACCGUCCAGGCCUCAAGACAAUGGACACACAGCAGAGCGGAGCUUUGGACUGGGUGAUACUGACGGACCAACUGGGACUCGAUUGAACAAUAACACUUUUACACCAGGUGGCCUCAGAAGCUUCACUAUGCCUCAUUAUAAUACUAAAAACCACUGGGGUACAGCCAUAACAGAGAAGGUUUUCAGUUGCUCGCAGUGCAGCAAGAGUUUUAGUCGCCUGUCCUAUCUCAAGAUACAUCAGCGAAGUCACACAGGAGAGAGGCCAUUUCGGUGCACCGUCUGCGGGAAGAGUUUUCACUGCUCCUCGCACCUGACUAUACACCACCGCAUUCACACGGGAGAGAGACCCUACAGCUGUGCCACGUGUGGGAAGAGGUUUACCCAGCAGAGCAGUCUCAAGACGCACCAGAGUGUCCACAGUGGAGAGAGACCGUAUGGUUGCUCUCAGUGUGGCAAGACUUUCACUCUUCUGCACCACCUGAAGAGGCACAGGAUUAUUCACGCUGGAUAUAGCUGAGGGGGCUUAUUAUUAUUAUUAUUAUUAUUAUUAUUAUUAUUAAACAUCUAUUUAUCCAGGAAGUCCCUAAAUAUGGUUCUCAAAGCUGAAUUUAAGAUUAAGUUAUUUGUUUUCUUACUUUGUAAAAGAAAAUAGAUUCUGAAAAAUUAGAACUUUGAUGUUUUAUGCUAUUUUCAACACUACAGAAACAUUUCAUUAAAUAAAAUAUACAG